AUGGUGGAUCAAUCCACACAAAGUCACAUAUUAGCAUUAAAGCAGGUGUUUUCGAGAUGGGGUAUUCCAACAAAGCUAUGUACAGAUGAUGCAUCACAGUUUAAUAGUUACGAAUUUCAAGAAUUUGUGAAAGAAUGGGGUUUUCAUGGUGAUAUAGAAGAUUCAAUUGGUAGUAGUGGCAUUAGCAGUGACAAUGACAAUGUACAGUGUGACAAUGACAAUAUACAGUCUAAUGACACUACUAAAAAUAGGAAGUCAGUAACUUUUGAAAAUGUAAAUACUGACAUAAGGCAAACAAGGUCUGGAAGACAGGUAAAACAACCAAGUUGGCUAAAGGGUCAUGUCUUAUAUUAA